AUUUGUCUAGUUUAAAAUUAUGAUUUACAUCAAAUUCUGGCUUCAAAGAUGUUGUGUGUUCCGAAUUUCUUCAUCUUCCCACAUCUUCAUCCCAAACACAGAGCACCGUCCAAAAUUAGGGUAAAUUGCAGCUUGAAGAAGGAAAAAAGCAGCCUUUCAACUACCUGGCCUCGUAUAUCACUCUCUCUAUUCGCUUCAGGCUUCAUCUUAGGUCCUCUUAUCGAUGGACUUCACUCCAGAGUAAAUCUCGUCGUUUAUCAAAAUGGGUCCAUUGAUAUCGGUCCUCUUCUUCACACCAACAUCUGGGUUCCUCCAUUGCUUGGAGUAUUCUAUUGCACCGUUGGAUUACUACAACUCUUGUUAGAUGAGAAGUUAUCAACCAAUAAUGUUCUUCACCAGAAGAAUCUAGCUCAGAAGACUCUUCUGUCACUUGUAGGGCUUGUGGGUUUCAUUGAAUUGAGUGCUGAAAUGUAUAAGGCAGGAGUAUCGCCCAAUGUAGAAGCUUAUGCACUUUUUGCAGCAGCAGAGGCUAUAUGGUUUUUCUUUGACAGGACUUGGUUUGGAUUUGCAUUGGCUUCUGUUGUAGGCAUUUGCUGUCCUUUAGCUGAGAUUCCUAUAAUGAAGUUUUUUAAACUCUGGUACUAUCCACAAGCAAACAUCAAUCUCUUUGGAGAGGGAUUGGUCACUUGGACAAUCAUUUGUUAUUUUGUCUAUACACCGUUCUUGAUUAAUCUAGCGCGAUGGCUGAGAUCAAACGUGGCUAUUGUUGAUGUCGAAGAAAUGAAUGACUAGUUAAUUAAAGUGUAUAUUUUCUUUCGAAUAUUGAUUUAGAUUAUAUAAUGUUACCAAAUAAUUCUUAGCAUCCAUAACUCAAAUUCAAUUUCAUUCUAACAAGAUAACUAACUAACAUCUUAUUUUAGAGUUUACAUUCUAACAAGAUAACUAACUAACAUCCUAUUUUAGGGUUUGAACAAUGUUGAUGGCUAUCGUGGUAAGUUGAAAGAAAACAUUAUUAAUUCCAGUUAUUGGCGAUUGUGGCUUGGUAGGUUCAUUGGCGAAAGAGCCUUCACAAUUCCAAUCUGCAAAGAUAGCUGCAUUACCAGCCGACACUGACUCUGUGAAAGCAUUGGAGUUCAACUUUACCACGGCUAGAUGAAUAUUGUCGAUUAUACUCUUGUAAUCCACUGAACAAAUGGAGAGACACUUUUUGGAGGCAGGGUCCUUAGUGGUUCUGAUAAGAGAAGAGAUUUGAUUGUUGUUGGUGAUGGCCUGAUUGAGUGAUGUCUCAAACAUGUAGUAGCCGAGUCCUUUCACAUCUGAAGUGGCCAUGCGAAAGUUUGCACGGAGAGUGGAUUCACAUAAACUCGAGUAUUUUGUUUUUUGACAAGUAUCGUAAAUCAAAUCCGCCGAAGAGUACUCACAAACGAAGAGAAGAAGCAUCGUCACAACAAUAAUAUUAGUUGAUUUCAUCAU